AUGACCAACGGCAAGGUGAAGAUGCAGCGUGCUACUAUGGCACACCGUCUGCUUGACCAGCUCGCUCAGCUGCUCGGUCAGUUGGAGUCUCAACGGGGUAAGGCUUUGGAGCCAGUUCAGGGAGUGGUCAUCGGUCAGGAAAAGGCCGACCCUCCACACAGCUGCAUUGCGAAGUGCCUCGACGAAGAUUUACGCCAAGAUAACGAUUCGCUCUCUAAGGAGCUACCUCGAGAUAAGGGACAAGGUUCGAGGAGAGUUAGAGAUGAUUAG